AGUUGACCCAGUUCUGAUAUCUCUGCCGGCGACCACAAGGUUUUUCUGGGGUGCCUUCUUUCGUCCGUUUCUCUUCUCUGCAGUAAUGUCAUCAUUUGCCCCCUCGUCUAAGAGGUCCAAGGUGGCCCAGGGAACCAACAAGAAUGGGGAUGCUGAAUUCUUCCCUGGAAUUGGUAAGAUCCCAUUCAAGCCCUCCGCAGGACCAACAGAGGCUUUAUGUUUCAAACAUUACAACGCACAAGAGGUGGUGAUGGGGAGGACGAUGGAGGACUGGUGCAGAUUCUCUGUGUGUUACUGGCACACUUUCCGAGGGACUGGCGCUGACCCGUUUGGUUUCCCGACCCUGGACAGGCCUUGGGAGGAUGGCACUGAUAGUAUGGAAAAUGCCAAGAGGAGGCUCCGUGUUGCGUUUGAGUUCUUUGAGAAAUUGGGGGUCAAGUUUUGGUGUUACCAUGACAGAGACAUAGCUCCUGCAGGAGAGACCAUGGAAGAAACGAACAGGAACCUAGAAGAAAUAACUGAUUUAGCAUUUGAACUAAUGAACAAAACUGGUGUCAAGUUACUCUGGGCGACGAGUAAUUUCUUUGCACAUCCAAGAUUCAUGAAUGGAGCCUUUACCAACCCAGAUGCCCACGUAGUAGCCUGUGCUGGUGCUCAACUGAAGAAAGGUCUUGACAUGGCAAAGAAAUUAGGUGCUCUGAAUUAUGUGUUCUGGGGUGGUCGUGAAGGCUUCCACACCCUCCUCAACACCGAUGUGAAACUUGAACUCACCAACAUGGCAAAUUUCUUUAAGAUGGCUAUCGCUUACAAGAAGAAGAUAGGUUUCACAGGGACUUUCUUGAUAGAACCCAAGCCAAAAGAACCAGCCAAACAUCAAUAUGAUUAUGAUGCAAUGACUGUGAUAGCAUUCCUUAGGACCUAUGGUCUAGAAAAUGAAUUUAAGAUCAAUGUUGAGCCAAACCACACCACCCUCGCUGGCCACUGCUAUGAACAUGAUGUCGUCAUGGCAUCGGCCUACGGGAUGCUGGGCUCGGUCGACUCCAACACAGGCUCCCCUGACCUGGGAUGGGACACGGACCAGUUCCCAAUGGAUGUCAAAAAUACCACACUCGUCAUGAAGACCAUACUGAAGCAAGGCGGUAUCCAACCGGGGGGCCUCAACUUUGAUUGUAAAGUACGUCGAGAGUCAACAGACGUGGCAGACAUGUUUAUCAGCCACAUCGGGGCGAUGGAUACGUUUGCGAGGGGUCUUAAGAACGCUGCCAGGAUCAUUGAGGAGGGAGUGCUGGAUGAUUAUGUGACGGAUCGUUACAGUAGCUUCCGCUCUGGUAUUGGCAAGAAAAUCGCUGAGGGAACCUCGUCCCUAGAGGAGAUGGAGGCAUACGUCCAGAAACACGGCGAACCAGAGUUGAAGUCUGGCAAGCAGGAGUAUCUCGAGGGGGUCCUUAAUCACUAUGUUUAGACAGAAUUAUCUCCAAGAAUCCUUUAUUCUAUGUUUAGGUCUAGUCAUGGUUUAGAAGUGGAGGGGGGGGGGUUGGUCCCCCUGGUUACACUCCUGGGUGUACAUGCAUUCACCGCUAUGGUUGGCCUCAGUAAAAGGCUAGGCAUUACUGUACAAUGUUUUUCUCUUUGGUCAACUGGCCAUAUAGUAAGACAACAUACAAGCGAAGAUUCCGUAAUUACGAAUGAUAUCAUAGACAAACGAAUCUAGCCAUUAUAAUUUUAUACUUUCCAAUAUUUUGCUAAUAAUGAACAUAUCUCUAUCUCUUGGAGUCUUGCUUGUGGCAGCACAGAUAUGAUACAUGUUUAAUUGUGUCGCUGUUAAUCCUGUAUUUAGUAUUCUACAAUAAAUUUGAUACAAUAGA